AUGAGCACAGCAAGAUUCAUCAAGUGUGUGACGGUCGGAGAUGGAGCUGUGGGGAAGACUUGUAUGCUGAUUUCAUAUACCAGCAAUACUUUUCCUACGGAUUACGUUCCGACAGUUUUUGACAAUUUCAGUGCGAAUGUGGUUGUCGAUGGAAGUACUGUCAACCUCGGCCUGUGGGAUACUGCUGAUUAUAAUAGGCUUCGGCCUCUGAGGUACAGAGGAGCAGAUGUGUUUUUAUUGGCAUUUUCCCUAAUUAGCAAGGCCAGUUACGAGAAUAUUUACAAAAAGUGGCUUCCGGAGCUGAAACAUUAUGCGCCUAGCAUCCCCAUCGUACUCGUCGUAACCAAGUUAGAUUUGAGGGAUGAGAAACAGUUCUUGAAAGAUCAUCCGGGAACAGCUUCAAUAACAACUGCUCAGGGAGAGGAAUUAAGAAAGAUGAUUGGAGCCAUCAGGUACUUAGAAUGCAGCUCCAAAACCCAACAGAAUGUGAAGGCGGUGUUUGAUACAGCUAUCCGGGUAGCGUUGAGGCCACCAAAGUCAAAGAAGAAGAUAAAGCCAUUGAGGACCAAAAGAUCAAGAACAUGCUUUUUCUUCUAG